AAACAACAUUUCUUUUCGCCAUAGGGCAGCACUGUGCGUCUUUCGCACGCGUAUUUUUGUGCAGAUUUUGUGUGGAAAUUCAUAGUUAUUUGUUGUGAAAAUAGUGAAAAACAACAAUAAUCAUGGCGCAAUUCGAUCUAACACGUAUCAAUUGUCAGUAUUUGGACAGACAUUUGACUUUUCCGCUGCUGGAGUUUUUGUGCGGCAAGGAGAUCUACAACCAACAAGAGCUGUUGGAGUACAUUUUGGAUACUGUAAACAAGACGAACAUGAUUGAUUACACCAUGGAUACGCGCAAGCGUCUCAAUCUCAGCCAGGAGAUGCCGGAGGAGUUAGUGCAGCGCAAGGCCGAGGUGUUGGCCACUCUGAAGCAGCUGCAGAACGAGGUGGCGCCUAUCAUGAAGGCCACUGACAUUCUCAAGAACGGUGAGAGCAUGAAGGAUUCGAAGACCUUUGUGAAUGCCCUGCAAAAGGAUUACAACUUCAAGGUGGAGCAUCUCGAGAGCGCCUACAAAUUGGCCAAAUAUUUGUACGAGUGCGGCAACUACCAGGAGUCCACUUCGUAUCUGUAUUUCUGUCUCAUUGUCAUGUCGCCCAACGAUAAGAACUAUCUGAAUGUAUUGUGGGGCAAAUUGGCCGCCGAGAUUUUGACUCUCAACUGGAACACGGCUCUGGAGGAUUUGACACGCCUGCGUGAUUACAUCGAUAGCGCCAACUUCUCGACCAUUCAAGCGCUGCAACAGCGCACCUGGCUCAUCCACUGGUCAGUGCUCGUCUUCUUCAACCAUCCCAAGGGACGCGACCUCAUCAUCGAGAUGUUCUUGUAUAAGCCACUGUACCUCAACGCCAUUCAGACCAUGUGCCCACACAUUAUGCGUUACUUGGCCACCGCUGUUGUCAUCAAUCGCACACGUCGCAAUGCGCUGAAGGAUCUGAUCAAGGUGAUUCAACAGGAGUCGUACACGUAUCGCGAUCCCAUCACCGAGUUCCUCGAGUGCCUCUAUGUAAACUUUGACUUUGAGGGCGCCCGUUUGAAGUUGCACGAGUGCCAGACGGUCAUCUUCAAUGAUUUCUUCAUUGUUGCCUGCCUCAAUGAGUUUGUGGAGGAUGCACGUUUGAUGAUCUUCGAAACAUUCUGUCGCAUCCAUCAGUGCAUCACAAUCAGCAUGCUGGCCGAUAAGCUGAACAUGAAGCCCAACGAGGCCGAGUGCUGGAUUGUUAACCUUAUCCGCAACGCACGUUUGAAUGCCAAAAUUGACUCGAAGUUGGGACAUGUGGUGAUGGGCACACAACCGUUGAGUCCAUACCAGCAGCUGGUGGAGAAGAUUGACUCGCUGUCGAUGCGUUCGGAGCAUUUGGCGGGUCUGAUUGAGCGCAAGAGCAAACAAAAGAAUCAAGAAUCGAUCGACUCCUGGAAGUACUACUAAGCCUUUAUAAGAUUAUUAAACACUUUUUGUAUCCAAUCGAGUAGAAGACAGUCAAUAGAUGCCAACGUGCAUUGCAAUUAUUGUAAACCAUAACCACAGUCAAAUGGCGCGAAUAAAACAACAUCUUCAUUCGCAAAAAAUUGGUUUCAAAUAUGCUCAACAUUGAAUUUUAUUUCCUUUGGAAUAUUUUAAGUUUACACAAAACAAUACGGUCUUCGUUUACAAAAAUUUAUAAUUUGUCUAGCCUAGAAUGCAUAAAUGGUCCUAGUCCUAGUUCACUAGUGUAUAGCUUCUUGUACUCUAACAAAAAAUGACUGUGCGCAGAUCGAUGGGUUUUCUCUGUGCGCAGAUCGAAGAUCAAACAAUUAAUUGCUACCUCUGCUUCUUGGCAAUCGGCGCAACCACAGACCAGUCGCGUUUUGGCAGAUCCUGCAGAUAGCGUAUCCAUUUGCGCACAACGAGCAGCCAAAUGAUGCCAUAGACGACGCAGAAAGCAGCCUCCAGAUAGUAACCAUCAAAGGUUAUUUCGCAUUUGCCUCCACUCUUGGUGCACUCCUGCAAAAUUCACAAUAAUUGUAAUUAAAGCAUAGAGAAAGAUGAAUUCCUAACUCACCUGCAGCUCUUCUUUGUUGAGGCAGAGAUUUGUGGACUGAGUGCUGCACUGCUUAAAGGUGAGUACAUCCACCAGCCACAGCACCACAGUGUUGGGCCAAUUGCCACCCAGAUUGCACAGUGUGUUAAGGAAUGUCAUAUAGGUGCCGCCCACAGCUGGAUCCGAGAUCUUGGCAAAGAACGCCAUGGCAGCCACAAACAUGGAAUACAAAAAUACUUGAUAGCAGCCGUAGCUGGUAACGAGCAGCACAUAGUAAUAGAAGGGAACCUCGCCACCUGAGAUUAGAUAUGGCGUUGCGUAGGCAAUAAAUGUGGCCACCGUCGCCAAAACAAUGCGCCAUGGUAUCGCUCUCAGAUACAAGUCCAUGGGUCGCGGGCCAUUCGUGUAUUUGCCCACAAAGAGGGGCAAGAUGAUCUGCAGCGGUAUCAAAGGCAUGGCCAGCAAUGCCAGCUUCUCCUUGGGCACACCAGCAUCGAUCAGUUUCAGCGACGUCACGGCAUCGGAGGCGGCAAACGUCACCUUGACGGUGAGCAGUAUGGCCGCCAGAAUUUGUACGGGACGUUUGCGCACUAUAUCCCACAGGACUUUGUAGCUCUCGUGUAUGUUGAGCUCGUGUUCCUCCUUGUACCGGGCAUCUGUGUGCGCAUCCUCAACGUCGUUCUCCUUCUUGAAGAUGGCCACUAAUGUGGUGGCCACUAUGAAUGUGAUGCCCCAGAAGUAAAGGAAUCGCGGUAGUGUUACCAUGCCCUCAUCCGAAGGCACAUCACGCAAAUACCAGUUGCAAAUGUCCUUUGACUCCAAGAUAAUAAACACCACAUAUCCAAGGAAAUAACCAGCAGUUUGUCCCACACUAUUACAGGUGGAGGCGUAACCAACAUUGCAACGCUUCAGCAUGGUCAGCGCCCAACCAUCCACAGCAAUAUCCUGUGUGGCAGCUAGGAAAUUAAGCACAAAGAACAGCAGCGUUAGCAUCGGCACAUUGGGCUCCACACCAUCGCCGCCCAGCCAGCGAUCCACAUGCGCCGAUAGCAGCAGCAUGAAACCACCAAGCAGAUACUGCACUGGGACCAGCCACGAUUUGCGCCGACCAAAGCGACGCACAUACAACGAGUCCACAAUGGGCGCCCACAGCAACUUGAUGCUAAACGGCCAAUAGGCAAAGGAGAACUCCGCCUGUUGUUUGUAGCUGGCACCGCGAUUCUGCAGCAGCAUUGGCACAGCAGCUAUGAGGCCAAUGGGUAUGCCCUGCAGUAUGUAGAGGAACAGAAGUACGGCAAUGUUGCGUUUAUCGCCACGUAAAUCAGACUUCUCGUGUUCAUCUUGUCCAGUUGGAGAUGUCGACUCGAUGAGAUCGUUCGAUUCACUGUUGCGGCGACGACGUCGUUUCGUCGACAUAUUGUCAGCUGCAAUGAUGUGCUCAGAAUAUGAAAUUUGUUGUUGCGUUGAUCGGAUUUACUUGCAGCCGUUUGUUUUUCUCUUUUUGUAAUCGGCUCCAAGUGGAAGAAAAACAACAAUACUGAAGGUCCACGUCAGUGGUCAAUUCUAGCUAGUAAUUUGUGCCGAGUUUCAAGUGGUGCCUUAUAUGUUUGAUCUUUCCGGAUUAUUAGAGAAUUUACCAAGUUAAUUUGCACUAUAUUUUAUUUCAUAAUGACGAUGUGGCGACGUUGUUUGUAGUAGGUUUGUUGACGUUUGCGUUUCGCUUUAAGAGCAAGUACUUUUUGUAAUUGCUGUGGCGAUUCUCAAUGAGCAUCGAAAAGUUAUCGAAUUUUAUGCACCGUCUAUCGAUACCAUGCCAAAAUAUACUUGUCCACUCUAUGGUAGUAAAAUACGUUACGUUUGCAUUUUUUAGAAAAUAA